GCUUUGCAGACGGAAAUUUACUGUGACCGCGAGCGAGUCGCAAACGAUGCCUGACGCCGGGCCAUCGACGACGAAGUACCGGAGUACCUUCAGGACACUCGAGAGGGAGAAGAAGUUUCGUAAUCCGCCAAAGGAUGGGUCCACUGUCCCGAUUCUCAAUGAAUUCGUGACCCCGCACAUCGAAUCUUUCGAUGCUCUCUUCGACGACUCUGGCUUACCACAGGGAGAUGGUGACGGACGUGGUUUACUAUCCUUGGCAGUCAGGGAUAUUGGCGAAAGGGUGGUGUUCGAUGGGACGGGCCAAGUAGGCACUGAAAGCGGGCAGAGCGGUUGGGGAAAUCGUCUGAGUUUUUGGAUUGAGCAGGUGUCAAUAUCUAAACCCCGCGUCCCAGAAAAAAUCAAACACGCAAAUGAUAUCAGGGUGUACCCUUUCGAGGCUCGAGAACGUUUGACCUCGUAUCGAGGUCGUAUGUCCGUAAAAAUAUGUUGGAAACUGGAUCACCAGGGUGAAGUCGAGCGUUCUGUGAUCAAAGACUGUGGUUUGGUGCCGGUCAUGGUUCGAUCAGUACGGUGCAAUCUUCGCGGACUAUCCUCCGCCGACCUCGUGAAAAAGCACGAAGAACCUGAGGAAUUUGGCGGGUACUUCAUAAUCAACGGUAAUGAGCGUCUCAUCCGGUACCUCAUCCUACCGCGGCGCAAUCACGUCAUCGCGCUCAUACGACCAUCGUUUGUUAACCGCGGCCCGUCCUAUACUCCCUACGCCGUCCAGAUCCGCUGCGUACGCCCGGAUCAGACAAGCGUCACAAACUCGUUGCAUUACCUCUCGAACGGGAGCGCUAUGCUGCGGUUCAGCUGGCGGAAACAGGAGUAUGUCAUUCCUAUCAUGCUAAUCCUCAAAGCUCUUGUCGGUGCCUCCGACAAAGAGAUCUUUGAGGGUGUCAUGAUGCAGGACUAUGAAAAUACUUUCUUGACGGAUCGCGUCGAGCUUCUAUUACGAAGCUUCAAAAUGUACAGUCUAUAUACCGGCGACCAGUGCCUUGAGUAUCUCGGCGACAAGUUCCGGGUUGUCCUAGCACUGCCCGAGGACUGGGACAACCUGGCCGUCGGCGCCUGGUUAAUACAAAAAGUGGUCUUGGUGCAUAUUCAGGAGGCACGGGAGAAAUAUCGCAUGCUCCUGUUCAUGUUGAGGAAGCUUUACUCGCUAGUAUCUAAGUCGUGUUCUCCGGAUAACCCUGACUCCCCACAACAUCAAGAGGUCUUAUUACCCGGUACAUUGUACGGUAUGAUCAUCAAGGAGCGUCUUGAAGAAGCCCUGAACCAAGUACGCAACCAGAUCAUGCUGGACGUCAGGAAUCAGGAGCCGUCAGUUGAUUUCUUUGACGCAAGAUACUUCAAUAAAGUACUCAGCAAGGUGAACUUCGAUCUCGGUUCGAAGAUGUCGAAUUUCUUGGCUACGGGAAAUCUCGUGUCUCCUACUGGACUUGAUCUGCAACAGGCAUCUGGGUUCACCAUCGUCGCGGAGAAGCUGAAUUGGAUGCGCUACAUCAGUCAUUUCAGAUCAAUACAUCGUGGAGCCUUUUUCGCCGAGCUAAAGACAACUGCGGUCCGGAAGCUGCUCCCUGAAGCUUGGGGUUUCCUCUGCCCUGUUCACACCCCCGAUGGUGCUCCGUGCGGUCUUCUGAAUCAUCUUUCUCGAACCUGUCGUAUCAUUACAGCGCCGCUAAGGGUAUCACAUCUACCGGCCCUCCUAGUCGCUCAUGGCAUGACACAAAACUUCUCGCCUUCAAUAGAUGGCACCAAAAAUCUCUGCGUCCAGCUUGAUGGCCGAGUCAUAGGGUGGGCACGCCCUCAGAUAGCUAAGCAGCUCGCAAUGAACCUGCGUAUAUGGAAGACUGAAGGAAGGCAUGAUGUUCCCUUGGACCUCGAAAUUGGCUACGUGCCGCCGUCAAGAGGCGGACAGUACCCUGGGUUAUACUUGUUCUCGUCGCGCUCGAGAAUGAUGCGCCCCGUUAAGUACCUAGCGAAUUCGCGGAACGAUCAGAUCGGCUCCUUCGAGCAGGUUUACAUGGAUAUUGCCUGUACACCGGAGGAAAUCGAGCGGGGUGUUUCGACCCAUGUAGAACAUGCACCCACGAAUUUCUUGUCCAUACUCGCGAAUCUCACCCCCUUUUCCGACUUCAACCAGAGUCCGCGGAAUAUCUAUCAGUGCCAGAUGGGUAAACAAACGAUGGGUACACCAUCUACGGCCCUUCAGCAUCGAACAGAUAACAAAUUGUACCGACUGCAGACCGGUCAGACGCCCGUGGUCCGACCCGAGUUGCACAACACCUAUGGAAUGGACUCCUUCCCUAACGGCACGAACGCUGUCGUCGCAGUCAUAUCGUAUACGGGAUACGACAUGGAAGACGCCAUGAUCCUCAACAAGUCCGCACACGAAAGAGGGUUCGCCUACGGUACUGUUUACAAGUCACAGAUUGUCGACCUGAAGGAUGCUAAAGGUGCAUCCCGUUCUAUGUCGGCCCCUACAUUACACUUCGGAUUGGGACAUGAUAUACGCACGGAGCCUGGAGAUAAGCAACACUGGUGUUGCAAGUUCCUUGAUCUUGACGGAUAUCCUUUCGUCGGCACCCAACUCUCGCCAGGGGAUCCUAUUGCCGCUUACAUCGACGACACUACCGCGCGGACACGCUUCGUAAAAUACAAGGGCGAUGAGGUGGCGUAUGUUGACGAAGUCCGCAUACUAGGGAGUGAUGCCGCUGAUUCAGAGUGUCAGAAGAUUCAAGUCACCCUGCGUAUAACUCGGUCGCCCGUGAUAGGUGACAAGUUUUCAUCUCGUCACGGCCAAAAGGGUGUUUGCUCCCAGAAGUGGCCUGCCAUAGAUAUGCCUUUCACAGAGAGUGGGAUGCAACCCGAUGUCAUCAUCAAUCCACAUGCUUUCCCAAGUCGAAUGACUAUAGGGAUGUUAGUAGAGAGUAUGGCGGGGAAGGCCGGCGCCAUGCACGGUCUAGCCCAAGACGCGACCCCUUUCAAAUUCUCCGAAAAAGAUACAGCUAUCGACUAUUUCGGAGAACAAUUGCUGGCCGCAGGCUACAAUUAUUAUGGCAAUGAGCCAAUGUAUUCCGGCAUCACAGGGCAAGAAUUCGCUGCCGACAUAUACAUCGGUGUUGUUUACUACCAGCGCUUACGGCACAUGGUCUUGGAUAAAUUCCAAGUACGAACAACAGGUCCUGUCGAUCCUGUUACUCGUCAACCGGUAAAGGGUCGCAAACGUGCUGGUGGUAUCCGGUUCGGUGAGAUGGAACGCGAUGCACUUAUAGCUCACGGCACAUCCUUCCUCCUACAAGAUAGGUUGAUGAAUUGCUCGGACUAUUCAACGGCCUGGGUGUGUCGGACGUGUGGAAGCCUAAUUUCAUUGGGGUACGAUGACAUUCGGCUGGGAGAAGUCGUCAUUGGGCCUUCAGGCAUUCCUAAACCCACGGGACCAAAUGGCGAGUACUGUCGGGUCUGCCGCGCUGCUGCUGAACAGGAGGAUGAGCGACAACGGAAAGCCAUGGCGCACGGCAAUAAUGUGUCAAAUGCAGUCAAGACCGACGUGAGGGUUGCCAUAUCCUCUGUCAACGUCUUAGGCAGCACGUCAAAAGGCGGCGAUCUCGACGUUGUCGCGGUGCCGUAUGUAUUCAGGUACCUAUGUGCUGAGCUAGCAGCUAUGGGUAUUGCUGUUUCCCUUGAGGUCCAUUAGAAUCACUAUAUACAUGUACACAGCCCAUAAUAGUAGUUUCAGGUAAACCAAGAAAUGGAAGUAUAGGUCAUCCUGGGUAAUCCGGUAUACACAGAAUACCGCUCAUAAAGCUAAAACGUGGAAAGGAAAGAUAAUUACAUUAUAUACCUCUUAGCAACAGUGAAAUAGUAGAUCAAUAAGAAAUAUCCAACCCAAUAUAUCAACCUUCCAUGCGUAUAACUGGCGGCACUAUCGCCUGCGAGAAGUCCGUUGCUUCACGCCUCUGCUUCCGAACCGCUGAGGAAUUAUUGGUAUGAGAGGCGGGUUGGUGAGAGACGGUGGCGUCAUUAUUCUCCUUGAUUCCGGUGUCCUGAGAUACAUCAGCGGCGCUGCCGCAGAGGAGUAACUCCACUAGUGACUGCUCAAGGCCAGAGUCUUGAGACGGGAGGGGGGUAUCGAUAGAUGGUGAAGGGGAAGGAUAUGCCGCUCGAGGAUCUUCGUCCAACGAAAAACCGCACUUCACCAACAACAUAUCAAUCAGUAGGCGACAUUCGUCGGCCGAGGUGGCUUUGGAUAAGAGGCGACGCAGAUCCCGAAUCUCAUCCACAGACGGGAGGUUACCGGCAGCUUGACUAGCCAGGACAGCCGGUUCGUCCGCUGCGGUUGCCUGGAUGUUCCUGCCGCCCUUGGACUUGGGGCGCUCAUUGGUCGGCUUCGCCUGCACAGUCGGAAGAGAUUCUUUAACUUGUGAAUCUUUGGUAGCCGCUUCCUUGAAUCCAGAUGCAGGGGGCGUAGGCAAGGCGCGGAUGGGAGACUUGAUUUUACUCGAGUCCUCCUCUGAUCUUUCUACCGGAUGGAUUGAAAUAUCUUUACGCUGACCCCGAGACGCAACCGAAGAUACGUCGAUUGAGGGUGAAGCUGUCUUCCGAGACUCCUCUAAUCUACUUGACACGACGGAAGAAGCAACCGAGGUCAUAGUCAGGUCGCUGGCGUCGCGGGACAAGCCGGUCCCACGGGAGUAGGACGACGGAGGCGAAUGUGAGUUCGCAUCCUCUGACGAGCCUUGUGAAGGUGAGGAUGGAGGCGAAGCAAGAGUCUGAGGAUACCGAGGGGGUCUGGUGGCAACAACCACGUUCGAGUAGGACCGCUUGGAAGAUAGGGACUGCUGUGACAAGGAAACGCUGGUGGCACUCGCACCAGGUAAGCGCCGACUGAGCGAGCCGGAACCAAAUUCGUCGCUGGGCUUGUCACGACCAUUCAGUUGUUCCGUCGAGGGACCUCUAGUCAGCUUGGACACCAUUCGUCUCAAACCGAAUGAUCUCCCAGGAGACCUGGCGGUCUCGAACGAGGUCACACUCGUCGUUUUCGGCAGAGUGGGCACGUCGGGAGGGCCUUCCGCGAGGAAAUCCAUAAGCUCUCGAGUUGUGCUGGAUACGACUGGAUGGGCUGAUUUCGGCGUCUUGGGCGUCUUGGGUACCGGUUUCAAGGACUCUGCGUCAUCAUCGUCUGAACCGUUCAUGAUGUCGUCUAAGUCCAACGAUUCACGUCGCCGACCAAUUUUCCGGGUUCGUUGCGGGCCUCCACCUGACAUGUCCAGUUGCUUGGGCACUGGCCGGUCUUUCUUCUGGGAGUGAGCCGGAGACUCAGUGAAGGACGAAGAUACCACAUUAAGUGACGCUUUGCGAUUCAAGCCUUGCGCCUGAGACCUGGAAUUCACAGCAUUAGAUGUAGAGAUCGAGCGCGCACGCGCGUUGUUCGAGGUAGGAGGACGUGAGGGCAUGAGUUCGGGAGGAGCAAGUCCAUUGCCGCGCGGGGCGACUUUAGGGAGUGAAGCAUGAUUUUCCUCGUCGUCCUCGAUGAUAGAAUCCACGUGGCGCAACACGGGCCGUCUGUUACCGUGGGAACGUUUUGGGUUUAGACUGGAAGAAUCGUCGGUAUCACUACCGGCAGGCCUGACGGCAUCCUGCGCAUUAGGUUUGCCAGUCCGAGUGCCCUCGCGUCGACUCCGCUCCUUGUUAUACAUCUCCAUCGUCUUCAGUCUGUCGGGGGUCAAAGAGACUUUCAUGGUGGUGUCCGAAGCCAUUAAAUCUUCGAAGUGCAUGGAGUCGCCAUCAUCCUCGAACUCUCCCAGAGGCGCGGCUGGCCUAUCGUUACCUCUCCCUAAGGAUGGUUUUGACCCGUUGGUGAGAAGGGAAUCAGACUUCUUAUGCCCGUUCUGGGCUUCCGCUUGAUCGUUUAUAGUCCGAUUCUGGUCGCUGGAUGACCGGUUGUGAGAUGAAAAGAUCUUCAAGGCUCGAGCUUUCUCAAAAGAAGGACGGGACGUAGAUGCUGCGGGUAUAUUCCCAAAAUUCGAAUGGCCAUGCGCGGUGGAUGAGUCCGAGGAUAAGCGCAGCCGACCCUGAGAGUCUUUGCUGGGGGAACCUGUGCGCAGAGGAGAACCGUCUUUAUCUGACGGUCGCGAGAAAGAUUUGCUUCGCCGAGGCCGCGACAUGGCCUCUAUCUGUUCAUAAACCUUCAUAGUCUUGAAGAGGCCAUAGAUAGCGUCAUCCUCGCAUAGGGCUAUGUACAGGUCAUGCACAGUGGCCGUAGUUCUGCUGCUAUCUCGGGCAGCAACUCGGCCCACAUUCGAGAGAAUAUGCUCGCAAAUUGACUCAAGUAUAGCGGUCAAGUAUAAUGCAGCAGGAGAGACAAGCGCGGGUUUUGGUGGCGAAACUGGCGCUCCAGCAGACAGAAGUCGCUCGUACAAACGAGUUUCCACAUCCGGAUCCUCGUCAGCAUCGUUCAGCGUCGAGUACGCCUGGCACUUGAGUCGGAGCAGCUCGAAAGCCAAAUCCAGAUUGAACGUCUUCUCAUCAUCUCCAGGCCUGUGCGGCGACGACGGUGUAGAAGCACUCGUCCGCUCCCAGUACGCCCUCAACUCGACUUCCGCCUCCAGCAACGCUUCUUUCCCCAGCGGUGUCGGUAGCACCUUCGUCAAGCCCGCCUUCAGUUUGUCUGUAGUCAACGACCGCGAAGCAUUGAGGACAUUCCAGAGCAGUUCGUCCAGAAAGACAUUGAUAGAUGCGAGCGCGUCGACCUUGAGUUUUAUUGGGCGGAUUUCGGAGAGGAUGACCUCGGCCGAGUGAGGUGAAAUAUACGUGGGACCUGGAUGGCCUGCUGGGUACCUGAAUAUCAGAGGCCUUG